AAAGAAAAAACUCUAACAAAGUUCUAAAAACUCUCAAGCUUUCUGUUUGUGGAGCAAAAGGAGGUGUGUGUUUCAACUAGAUUGCCAGCAUGUGGACUCCGAAAGAUCUUAUGAGCUUUGCACUUCCUGUGGAGGCAGGGAGAAGAACAAAGCCAGUGAAGGUGCCUUUUCUUUUCCUUCUCUCCACUAUCUGCUAAAUUGUAGCCUCCAGCCUCCCCCCCUGCCCUGCGACCUUGGGGGGGAGUAAGAUGAAGUGUAAAGGAAUCCUCCUCGCCGCCAUCCUGCAGGCAUGGACCCCAAUUACAGAUGCCAAUGCACUAGGCCUGACAGAUCCAAGACUCUGCUACAUUUUGGAUGGGAUCCUCUUGAUUUAUGCUAUAAUCAUCACAGCUUGUUUUGUAAAAGUAAAGAUAAGCAAAGGCUCUCCUGAACCUCAAACUUCUCAGAAUUCACAGGACCUAUAUAAUAGAUUGUCUCAUGGAACCAGAGAUGAAUAUGCAUCGCUGGGAGCGAAACAGACAGAUGCUGACAUUGAAGUAGGGGGGAAAGCCCAGCACAGACGAAAGAAACCUCAGGACGGAGUUUACAGUGCUCUACAGCGGGAUAAGAUGGGUGAAGCAUACAGCGAAAUUGGAAAGAAAGGAGAGAGACGACGUGGCAAAGGCAACGAAACAGUUUAUCAGGGUCUCAGCAAAGCAACGAAGGAUACAUACGAUGUCCUUCAAAUGCAGCCCUUGCCACUGCCUUACUAGCUACAGUUGAGUCCAGCAAGAGGAGAACUAUUUCCAUGGCGAGCGGGAAUCUUGAUUUCCAUUCUCAAGAUGAUCUAUUCAGAAAUCUGUUGCCUUCUACAACAAAUGCCACUUUUACAUGAGCAUAAAAACCAAAGCUCCUUUUUAAAGCUAAUUUCAAAUUGCAGCUUUCAAAGUGUACAUAGCUGUAGAGCUUGGGCACUUGAGUUGUUUGCUCAGUUAAAAUUUAAGACCAGCUGUUGCGAUGGCUAUUUCAAAGUCAUUUUCUUUUCUGGGGAAAUAUGUUUUCUGAAGCUAAAUGUGCAUUUAAAAAUGUUGCUCAUGUGAAGGAUUUUGUUCCAAAACACCAGAUAAUUCUGAGCACCAACAGGUUAACUGCCCCCCUCUCUUGUUAUAGGUUUGGGUUUUUAUUUAUAAAUAGCAACUGGGGUUGGGGGAGGAGAUAUGCAGUGUAUCACCAUUGCCUUGAAGGGCCUUUUUAAACACUCUUUUGCCAAGAUACAAAAACAUGCACACAUUUAGAGUAAAGAAACCACCACUGACCUUGGACUGAGUGCGGUGGGGCAUUCUUUUGAGUAAACUGCUAAAGUGAUUUAAUAGAAAAUUGACUUAUGGUGCAUGAGAAGUAUGGGCAGGCAUAGACAGUAUGUUCCCUUAGUUAAGAGAAUAGAAGUAGGUUCUUCUUCCACAGCAGAUAUGGUUGGUUGAAAUGAGUAAUACAUUACCUCCUGUUUUAAAUGCAGAUGCUUCAAAUUCCUGUUAAGACAGAAUCCUGAUCAAACGUGUCAGGUGCUGCUGUCCUGGUUAAGUGAGCUUAAUACCAGUGGAGCAAGGGGAGAAUUAGCUGGGGAGCAUGUUUACACAGAAGAAAUAGCCAGUGGAUUUACUCCAUAGUGUGUUUAGAGUUGUAGCCUUAGGACGUGGGAAGUCACAGCUGCCUAUUAUGCUUUUUCCCCAGGCAAAUGCCUAUUGUGAGAAUUUUAUACUUUGAAUCUAUUACCCUUACCUAGUUUCACAGAGGAUUUUUAUUUUGGACUGAUUGAUCCAAAACACACACAUCUCUUAUCAGCAAAAUGGAAGUGAGAGUCUGUCUGUCAGACCUCAUACCUGACUAAGGCUGCAUACACCCACCUCCCCAACUCAGGGGCUGUAGUUUACCCCUUACAGAGCAAUUCCCAGCACCCUUAAACUAC